AUGUCUGCCCAGCAGCAACCGACCAGCAAGCCCUCGCCCGCAGGGUCCAUCACGUCUUCGGACCACGCGGGCGCAGACUCCAAGACCGGCACCGGCAAGGAUGUCCGAGACGCAGUUCCCCCGACCGCUCCGGCUUUGGCGACACAGCAGACGCAGCGCAUGGAAGCCGCGCUCGGCGACGCUAUCCUUCGCUUCUUGAGAAUUCGAAAGGGCCCAAAGGCGGAAGAAUAUGACCUUGACGCAAUUGCGACCCAACCGAGCAUCUGGGAUUCCGAGAACCUGGAAGAGUACAAAGAGGCUUACAUCCACCCACAAUGGGAGAAUAAGGAGGCUUUCGACCCUUCAUUCCGCUGGACCUGGAGAGAAGAGCGGCAAGUGCGACGCAAGGUUGAUUGGAAGAUUAUGGUUUGGUGUUGCGUCAUGUUUGCUGCUUUGAACAUUGACAGAAACAACAUCAACAACGCCGUUUCUGAUGACAUGCUUCCUGAUCUUGGUCUCACUCGCGCUGACUACAAUCUUGGCCAAACAAUCUCCCGAGUCGGCUUCCUUGUUGCCGAGCUUCCAUCUCAGUUGAUCUCCAAGCGUAUCGGUCCGGAUCUGUGGAUCCCAAUUCAGAUCUGUCUUUUCAGUACCGUUUCCGGCCUGCAAUUCUUCCUCAAGGGACGGGCGUCAUUUCUUGCGACCAGAUAUCUGAUCGCUACCUUCCAAGGUGGCUUCAUCCCUGACACAAUUCUGUACCUUAGCUACUGGUACACAGGCACGUCUCUUCCAAUUCGUCUGGCCUGGUUUUGGAUGUCUUCCCAAAUUGUUGACAUCGGUGUGGGUUUCGCCGCGGUCGGUCUUCUGUCUAUGAGAGGUAUCUUGGGCUAUGAAGGCUGGAGAUGGAUGUUCCUCAUUGAGGGCUGCUUUACGUUCAGUGUCGGACUGCUCUCAUUCUUCCUGAUGCCGCAAUGCCCCGCCCGGACGAGGAGCUGGUGGAACCCCAAGGGCUACUUCAAGGAAAAGGAGGUUAAGAUCAUUGUCAACUCCGUCAUCCGUGAUGACCCUCAGAAGGGAGGCAUGUACAACCGACAGGGUCUGUCCGUCAGGCAGAUCUGGGAGUGCUCCAAAGACUACGACAUGUGGCCACUCUACGCCCUCGGCCUGCUCUUCGGCUUGCCCAAGUACCCGGUCAACCAAUACCUCACUCUAUCCUUCCGUGGUCUCGGUUUCAACGUCAUCCAGACCAACCUGCUUUCGAUCCCGAACAUCGUUGGCUCCAGUAUUACCAUGCUGCUCAUUACUGCUUUGAGUGAGCUGGUGAACAAUCGGAGUUUUGUGUCGAUGGCCGAAGAUGCUUGGUUGUUGCCUUGCUUUGUGGCGUUGAUCGCGUUGCCGGACCCCAUCAGCCCAUGGGCAUACUUCGCGAUCGCCACAGUUUUGCUCUCGUUCCCCUACACCCAUCCCAUUCAAGUGGCUUGGACGAGUAGAAACGCAGGUUCGGUGCAGAACAGGACGGUGUCUGCCUCCCUUUACAAUAUGUGGGUGCAAGUCUCAGGCAUGAUCGGAGCGAACAUCUAUCAAUCCAACGAUGCUCCGCGAUACUUCAAGGCAAACAAGGGCCUGUUAGUUAUCUGCAUCUGGAUGUGUGUUGUUCAAUACCCAUUUACAUUCUUUUACUACCGAUGGAGAAACAACCAAAAGGCCAAGGUUUGGGACGCCAUGUCCCCAGAGGAGCAACACAACUACAGAACCAACACGACGGAUGUGGGAAACAAAAGGCUCGACUUCCGCUUUGCCACAUAG